CGGACUCUGCUCCGGAAGCACUACUCCAGGCAGGUCUUGGCCGGGGUCCCAGUAAGGGGCAGGUCUGCACCAUGGCGGCCUGGCUAGGUAUGAGGCGGUGGGGUGCUGCGCCGGUGGCAGCCCGCAGAAGUCCGCUGGUCGCCUCCCGGAGGUGGUCCGGCGCCUUGGCAGACAUCGUGUACGAUGUGGUGGUGUCGGGCGGAGGCCUGGUGGGCGCUGCCAUGGCCUGUGCCUUGGGAUAUGAUAUCCACUUUCAUGAUAAGAAAAUCCUCUUGCUAGAAGCAGGUCCAAAGAAAGUACUGGAGAAAUUGUCAGAAACUUACAGCAACAGAGUCAGCUCCAUUUCCUCUGGUUCUGCAACCCUUCUCAGUAGUUUUGGUGCCUGGGACCAUGUGUGCAACAUGAGAUACAGACCCUUCCGGCGAAUGCAGGUGUGGGAUGCCUGCUCAGAGGCCUUGAUAAUGUUCGAUAAGGAUAAUUUAGAUGACAUGGGCUAUAUAGUGGAGAAUGAUAUCAUCAUGCAGGCUCUCACUAAGCAGCUGCAGGCCGUGUCUGACAGAGUGACAGUUCUCUAUAGGAGCAAAGCUGUUGGCUAUGCCUGGCCUGGUCCAUUUUCCAUGGCAGACUCCAGCCCUUGGGUCCAUAUUACCCUAGGUGAUGGAAGCACCCUCCAGACCAAAUUAUUGAUUGGUGCUGAUGGUCACAACUCAGCAGUACGGCAGGCUGCUGGAAUCCAGAAUGUUAACUGGAACUAUGACCAAUCCGCUGUUGUGGCUACUCUGCAUUUAUCUGAGGCCACAGAAAACAAUGUAGCCUGGCAGAGAUUUCUUCCUUCUGGGCCUAUUGCUCUGCUCCCGCUCUCAGACACCUUGAGCUCCUUGGUUUGGUCCACAUCCCAUGAUCAUGCAGCAGAGCUGGUCAGCAUGGAUGAGGAGGAAUUUGUGGAUGCCAUUAACUCUGCCUUUUGGAGUGAUGCUAACCACACAGACUUCAUAGACUCAGCUGGUACCAUAUUGCAAUAUGCUGUCACCCUUCUGAAGCCCACUAAGGUCUCAGCUCGCCAGCUUCCCCCAAGUAUAGCCAGAGUAGAUGCCAAAAGCAGAGUACUCUUUCCUCUGGGCUUGGGACAUGCUGCUGAGUACGUCCGGCCUCGGGUGGCACUCAUUGGUGAUGCAGCCCAUAGAGUCCACCCUCUUGCAGGACAAGGUGUCAACAUGGGCUUUGGAGAUGUCUCCAGCUUGGUCCGUCAUCUCAGUACUGCAGCCUUCAAUGGCAAAGACUUAGGCUCCAUGAGCCACCUCACAGGUUAUGAGACAGAAAGACAGCGUCACAACACUGCUCUUCUGGCAGCUACAGACUUACUAAAAAGGCUCUAUUCUACCAGUGCCACUCCAUUGGUGCUGCUCAGGACAUGGGGUUUGCAGGCCACUAAUGCAGUGACUCCCCUCAAAGAACAGAUUAUGGCCUUUGCCAGCAAAUGAGUGCUCCUCUUCUGAAGAUUAUGCUAAUGAAAGAAGGACAUCUGGCCUGUUACCGGCACACAUUUCCAAGAUUUUAUUUAAU